CUCCACACACGGACCUCUCUCUCUCUCUCUCUCUCUCUCUCCACAUGAGAAGCUGAAUUCCCAACUCUCCCACCUCCGAUUCCCCAUGGCGAGAACCCUAAUCUCAUCCCCGCAGUUCAUAGGCACCCCCCUCCCGUCCACCCCUCGCCACGGCUUCCUCCGCGCGCCUCCUCAUCUCCGCAGGCUCGCCGCCACGAGAGUGAGAUUCAGCUUCCAUGAGAUCCCUCCCCCCGUUCACUCCUUCGACUCUUCUUCGCCGCUCGAUUUGAGUUCCGUGAUCGGCCGGGCCGAGAGCUUGCUCUACACGCUCGCCGACGCUGCGGUCGCGGCGGAUCCGGCUGCUUCUGGAUCGACGGAUGUGGCGGCGCAGAAGAGCGGGGGCUGGUUCGGAUUCAUAUCCGACGGCAUGGAACUCGUUCUUAAGGUGUUGAAGGAUGGACUCAGCACGGUGCAUGUCCCCUAUGCAUACGGCUUCGCAAUUAUAUUGCUCACCGUAAUUGUAAAGGUUGCCACGCUUCCUUUGACAAAGCGGCAGGUGGAAUCUACUUUGGCCAUGCAAAAUCUCCAACCUAAAAUCAAAGCUAUCCAGCAAAGAUAUGCAGGAAAUCAGGAAAGAAUACAACUUGAGACAUCACGACUAUAUAAGCAGGCUGGGGUCAAUCCUUUGGCAGGAUGCUUCCCAACACUAGCAACCAUACCUGUCUGGAUAGGUCUAUAUCAAGCUCUCUCUAACGUGGCAAAUGAGGGAUUAUUGACAGAAGGUUUCUUUUGGAUCCCUUCUUUGGGUGGACCUACUACAAUUGCUGCUCGACAAAGUGGAUCUGGCAUUUCUUGGCUCUUCCCGUUUGUGGAUGGUCAUCCUCCAUUGGGCUGGCAUGACACUGCGGCAUACUUAGUUUUACCUGUCCUUCUUGUUGUUUCUCAGUAUGUGUCGAUGGAGAUUAUGAAACCUCCUCAGACGGAUGAUCCAGCUCAAAAGAACACACUACUUGUUUUCAAAUUUCUUCCUCUGAUGAUUGGUUACUUCUCCUUGUCCGUCCCAUCAGGAUUGUCAAUUUACUGGUUUACAAACAAUGUCCUGAGUACGGCACAACAAGUGUGGUUACGCAAAUUAGGAGGGGCAAAACCUGUUGUGAGUGAAAAUGCAAGUGGCAUCAUUACAGCUGGGCGUGCGAACCGGUCAGCUGCUCAACCAGCGCGGCAAGGAGAAAGGUUUAGGCAAUUGAAGGAAGAAGGAAAGAAGAAAAAGUUAAGCAAGGCACUACCGGCAGAAGACAUCGAUGGGGCAACUGUACCAGAUUCUGAUGAAGAUGGUUCAGAUGAAGAUUCUCCAGACAAGGGGGAAGAGAUAUUGGAGGGAGCAUAUGCUUCUAGUCGCAACAAACCGACACCGGAGCUUAAUCAGCGGAGGAGAAGCAAAAGGUCAAAGCGGAAACGCGCCUUAUGAUUUGUCCUGUUCAAUAUAUUUUUGUAGUCUACAGCGAGUCCUUGUAUAUCUGUGGGAGUUGUAUUUAGCUAAAUUAUAGCCAUUUUUUUUGUACUGGCACCUGCACAUUCAUCUCGCGAAUUAAUGCCAUCGACGAAAGUUAGUUA